GAUGAGUUUUUAGCAAAACUUGCAGAGGCUGAAACCCCCUUGUAUCCGACGUGUUCUAGUCAUAGCAAGCUAUCAGCUGUAGUUUCUUUGUUUAGGAUUAAGUCUCAGAAUGGGUGGUCAGACAAGAGCUUUGAUGACUUGCUGCAAACAUUGCCAAAUAUGUUACCUGAAGACAAUGUGCUGCACACAUCAACUUAUGAUGUCAAGAAGUUUUUGAAAACUUUUGAUAUGGGAUAUCUAAAGAUUCAUGCUUGUGUUAACGACUGCUGCUUAUUUAGAAAGAAGCUGAAGACGGCUGAGAGUUGCCCAACAUGUAAAGCGUCUAGAUGGAAGACCAACAUGCAUACUGGUGAAAUCAAGAAGGGUGUUCCACAGAAGGUUUUGAGAUAUUUUCCGGUGAUACCUCGUCUGAAAAGGAUGUUCAGAUCGGAGAAACUUGCAAUGGAUUUACGAUGGCAUUUCAAUAACAAGAGCACAGAUGGGAAACUCCGACAUCCAGUAGACUCUGUUACUUGGCAGUCAAUGAAUGACAAGUAUCCGUCGUUUGCAGCGGAGGAGAGGAAUUUGCGACUUGGGCUUUCAACAGACUUGGUGGUCCGGUUCAUUUCCGAUGGAUGUAUCCAUUUGAAAGGUAUGUUCUCCACUGAAAAAAUUAUUAAUCUUCCUAAUGGACUUACUAAUCAAAUUCUAUGUUCUUUUAAAACAGGUAUAUGAAAGUCUUGAAAGACUAUGUCAGAAACACAGCAAGACCAGAGGGGUGUAUAGCUGAGUCUUAUCUUGCGGAUGAGUGCAUGAAGUUCUGCUCGGCUUUCUUGACUACUACAACAAAUGUGCAAGAAAAAGAGGACAGAAACACUGAGUAUGAGAGUAAGUCCAUCCUCGAAGGUCGUCCUAUAUCAGCCGCCCGCUCAUUCCAAUUUUCAGAAGCAGAGUUGAAAAUAGCUCAUCUUGCUGUAAUACAGAACACGGCCAUGGUGGAUCCAUAUGUUGAUGCUCAUUUACAACAUCUACAAGACUCGAAUAGUAGAUGUCAAAGGGAUGCAACAUAUUUAUGGCGUAUGCACACUGAAAAAUUUGCAGCGUGGCUAAAGCAACAGAUAUCUAUUGAUUCACCUGAUGAGGAAGACACUCUGAAGUGGCUGGCUUAUGGUCCUCGUAGUAUAGCCAGAUCUUACACAGGCUACAUUGUGAAUGGGCUACGAUUUCACACAAAUGUGGUGCAUAGGCUAAGUCAGAAUAGUGGUGUUUACUAUGAAGCAACAGCAAUGUGUAGAUCUAGUGCAAAGGACACAGCUCAGGUGGUCGACGUUGUAUCCUACUAUGGGAGAGUAGUUGAUAUUAUAUUACUAGACUACAAUGGCUUCUACGUCCCAAUAUUCAGGUGUGAGUGGGCAGUUAAAGGUAACGGUGUGAAGGUAGAGGAUGGCUUUACGCUGGUUAAUUUUAAUCACAGCCACAUAUCCUUUGCAAAGGAUCCAUUCAUUUUAGCAUCUCAAGCGAGACAAAUAUUUUACUCAAGGGACACUGAUGAAUCGAGUUGGUAUGUAGUUAUGAAGGGUCCAUGUAGAAGAUACAGUGAUGAGAAACCUGAAGAUGGACAUGCAGAUGUAGGACCAUUGCCUUCGGAUAUAGAUAUGUGUCUGGAAGACAUAUCAGAUGAGGCUGAGAAUGUCAGAGAUGAUUGUGAAGGAAUAUACGUUUGACAUAUCAGAUGAGUCUGAGAAUGUCAGAGAUGAUUGUGAAGGAAUAUACGUUUUUUUUUGGGUUUUCCAUGACAUUCUAGUUGGUUACUUUCCAAUGCAAUAUAUGAUUGAUUUCACUGAUUACCUAUAUUUAUUUCUGUUUGCAUAUAGUGUUGAGUUGGUUUGACAUUUGAUUAAUUUUUUUGAGUUUCCCUUUAGUUUGUUGCAGGAAAGCCA